AACAUGUCAGUACCUCCCUCUUCCCCUCCCCCCCACGCGUUGCCUGUCCUCCCUGCGCCUGCGGUCCCCAAGUGGCCAUGCCGCCCCUCACACCCUCCCUGCGUCGGCUGUUCCGUCUAAGAGCAUGCCGAGCCACACCCACUCAUAGAAUCGAAGCUUUCGAGGCCCCCAUCACUAAAAAUAUCCACUGCCUGUGAUCCACCAGGAGCGGGGGGAAUUCGCAGCACCUGGGACAGUGCGGCCCCUCCCUCUGAGGACCCGAAGGUUCGCCCCGCCCACGGUGGGUGGGGCCGGCACUGAACUGGUUAAGCUUGCGAGGAAACCUAGGGCUCCAGGUGUAGAGGCGGAUCCUGGGGUUUCUUCCCGCCAGACCCCCGUGGUGCUGCUGCAGUUGAGGCGGCUGAUGCAGGUGAGGGGCUUAGAGCCCUGAAAGUGGCAUAUGGCGUGAAGGGAGGAAGGUAUCUAUUACUGACUCGCGUAGAAUUGUUCUCAAGCUGGGGGAGAUGGGGAAGGAGAAAGCCAAGAGGCACUCUCUGGAGCAGGUUUCCAUCUCUGUGGCAUGACCAUGCAACUAGGCCCAGCCCUGGUGCUGGGGGUGGCCAUGUGCCUGAUGCAUGGCCAGCCUUUGCUGCAGGUUCCUGAACACCCCUUUUCCGUGCUGUGGAAUGUACCUUCAGCACGCUGUAGGGCCCUCUUUGGUGUACAUCUGCCACUCAAUGCCCUGGGCAUCAUAGCCAACCGGGACCAGCAUUUCCACGGCGAGAACAUCACCAUCUUUUAUAAGAACCGCCUUGGCCUCUAUCCCUACUUUGGCCCCAGGGGCACAGCUUACAAUGGGGGCAUCCCCCAGGCUGUGUCCUUAGACCACCACCUGGCACAGGCUGCCCACCAGAUCCACCAUAGCCUGGGAUCCAGCUUUGCUGGCCUGGCAGUGCUAGACUGGGAGGAAUGGUAUCCGCUCUGGGCUGGGAACUGGGGCCACCGCCGCCGAGUCUACAAGACAGCAUCUUGGGCUUGGGCACAGCAGGUGUUCCCUGACCUGGACCCUCAGGAGCAGUUCUGCAAAGCCCGUACUGGCUUUGAGCAGGCAGCCCGUGCACUGAUGGAGAACACACUGCAGCUGGGCCAGGCACUGCGGCCCCAUGGGCUCUGGGGCUUCUAUCAUUACCCAGCCUGUGGUAAUGGUUGGCACAAUAUGGCUUCCAACUACACAGGCCGCUGCCAUGCAGCCACCCUUGCCCGCAACACCCAACUGCAUUGGCUUUGGGCUGCCUCCAGUGCUCUCUUCCCCAGCAUUUACCUCCCACCCAGGCUGCCGCCUGCCUACCACCAGGCCUUUGUCCGACAUCGCCUGGAGGAGGCCUUCCGUGUGGCCCUCACUGGGCACACACAUCCUCUGCCUGUCCUGGCCUAUACCCGCCUCACACACCGGAGCUCUGGGAGGUUCCUGUCUCAGGAUGACCUAGUGCAGACCAUUGGCGUGAGUGCAGCGCUGGGGGCAGCCGGCGUGGUGCUCUGGGGAGACCUGAGUUUCUCCAGCUCUGAGGAAGAGUGCUGGCGUCUUCAUGACUAUCUGGUGGGCACUCUAGGCCCCUAUGUGAUCAAUGUAACCAAAGCGGCCAUAGCCUGCAGCCACCAUCGGUGCCAUGGCCAUGGGCGCUGUGCCCGGCAAGACCCAGGACAAAUGGAAGCCUUUCUGCACCUGGAGCCAGAUGGGAGUCUUGGAACUUGGGAGUCCUUCAGCUGCCACUGUUACUUGGGUUGGACUGGCUCCACCUGCCAGGAGCCCAGGCCUGGGUCUAAGGAAGCAGCAUAAAGCCAGGAGUUUCUGCCUUUGCCUUCUCUUCUCCUUGCUGCUGCUUUCCCAGUCCUGGGGGAAAUUCCACUCUUGCUCAGCUAACAGUUAACCUUCCCAAGUACCCAUUACUUCCACCCCCACUUCCUUUG